CCUGGACGGCUGGGCACAGGAAAGAAUACUGGGUAACCAAAGGUACUGGGUGUGCUGGAAAGAUCCAAGGAGAAACAGGGAGGCCAAGUGGUGCUGUUUGACUGGAAUGGGAGAGAACACCGGGAAGCUGACAUUACCCGCUGGACCAAGCUUUUAGGGUGCUUGUGAAGUCAGAGAGAAUACCAAGAAGGCGCUGUGGCAGAAUGGACGUGGGAAAGGAUGGAUCUCCUCUGAAGUUCCUCCAGACACCUGAACCUCAUCCACGGAGAGCCCAUGCUCCAGAUGUCGUUGGAACCUGGAGUUUGAGAAACAGAGAACAACUCAGGAAGAGAAAAGCUGAAGCGCAGGAGAAGCAGACGUCACAAUGGAACUUUGGAGAACAGAAAAAACGCAAGUGUCAAAGAACAGGAAGAGGAAACCCAAGGGGCCCGAAGAGACAGGGGGGCACAGCGGCGAGGGCACAGCCUCAGUCACCACCUCAGUCACCGACAGAGAAGCAAAGGAUGCAGAAAGCAUUGGACCCCGCUGAGGAAGAAACCCGGCACCCUGUCAACCCUGUGACUGAAGCCCUCCCAUUGGUGGCUUGCCCCCCCAAAGCUGGGCUGGCAGAACACUGUUCUGAAGCACACCAACAAAGCAUUCAGUGCCAGGAUCUAGCACCACAGAACCAUUCUCAAGCACACAGACACAGGGCCAAACCUGAAGACCUCUCUCCUAACACGUGCUCAGAAAGAGCUGUACUUCAGUACUCUUCUGCAAUGUGCCCAGACACGGAUGAACCUGAGGCGCUUUCUCCUGAAAUGUGCCAGGAAACAGCUGUGCUUGCCCAAAACCCUUCUUCCAAAGCACCCCAAGAUAUGGCUGGACCUGAGGCGCUCUCUCCUAAAAUGUGCCAGGAAACAGCUGUGCUUGCCCAAAACCAUUCUUCCAAAGCACCCCAAGAUAUGGCUGGACCUGAGGCGCUCUCUCCUAAAAUGUGCCAGGAAACAGCUGUGCCCCAAAACCUUUCUUCCAAAGCACCCCAAGAUACGGCUGGACCCGAGGCUCUCUCUUCUAAAAUGUGCCAAAUACCAGCUGUGCUUCGAGAGCAUACAUCGAAAAUGUGCCAAGAUGUGGCCAGACCUGAAGUCGUCUCCCCUAAAACACGUCAAGAGAUGGCUGUUGUUCCCUGGAUAACACUUGGAGGUGCUGCUGGCCCAGAAAGAUGCUCUCCUGAAGCUCUCCUCCAGUCAGGUGUGCCUGAAGGCUGUCCACUUGAUACAUGCCCCACAUCAGUCACCCCAGAGAAAACUUCCCAAGCAGAUCAGGCAAUGGCUGUGACGGAAGGCUGCUUCUCUGAAACACGAGAAUGCCCUGUGUCUGAAGACAUUUCUUCAAAAAUACACCAAGAAGCAGUUGAGCCUGAAUUCAUUUUUCAUGAGACCUACAAACCCACUGAGCCUACAGUCUCCUCUCAUCAAACAAGCCAAGACUCACCUGGGCCUGAAGACCAUUCACCGGAAACAUGUCAACCAAUGUCUGGGCUGGAGUACUACUCCCCCGAAACCUGCCAUGAAAUGCCUGGGCCUGAAGACCUCUCCCUCAAGACCUGUGAGAACAGGGAUGGGCCUAAAGACCGCCUUCCAGAACACACCCAGGAAGCAGGUGGGGCCCAAGGACAGGACUCUAACGCCCACCAGGACAGUGAGGGCGCUUGUGCUUUCUCUCAAGAAUUGGAGGAAAAAGCCAAAGGAAGUCAAGAUCCAGCAACACCAUCACGUCCGCAGGGUCCUCAAGAGAUCUGUCGAGAAGAUGACACCUAUAGCUAUGUUCUGAUUUAACCCUACUCGGAUGAAGUUGCAGUCCAAAUGAAUGGAGCAUACACAUCUUCUCUUGUAUGAUUUUACUGAAACAUUGUAGCAACUGCUACAAUUUGUAUUACUAUUUUAGCUGGUGUUUUUUUCCAUGUAGAUCUUAUCUGAAAGAGAGAACUAACUUUUAAAGGCUCUAACACAUACACAAUAGUGGUGUGCCUGUGUGUGUGUGUGUGUGUGUGUGUGUGUGUGUGUGUGUGUGUGUGCGCUGUCUGAGGAUGUACAUAUGUACAUGGGGGGAGAUAGUAGAGGGAGGGAUGAAUAAGAGCAGGGGAAGGGGUGAGUAGUUGAUUUUUCCCCUCUAAGAAGAAACAUAUAUUUGGUAAUUCUGAGAAGAUAGCAUUUUGAUAGGAACACUUAAUAUUUUGAAAGUAUAUAGUUUCUUGUGAAUUUUGUCAGUUAUUGAUGUAAUAUCAGAAUUUUAUUCAAGCUUUACAAGGCUCUCUGAGCUAAUCUGAACAAUUCUUACUCUGGAACUUCUUGCAAAAUAUUUUGGAGUUGAUAAAUGUCAUUUACUUCUGUGUGUGAA